AUGGAAAAAAUAGGAGGAAAAUUCAAUUUUUAAUUUGAUAGUAAAAUGAUGUAAAAUAUUAUUUCUAAAUUUUAUUUGUAAUAAUAANUAUACUUUGCAAUAAUUACUAUAAUUCACGGAAUUACAAGUUUGUUUUAGUUCUUUUAAUUAAUCAAACAAAUUCAUUUAUUAGGAAUUAAUAAUUUAUCAUGGUCAUUCCUUUACAAUUUCUUAUCAUUUGACUUCAUUUUUAAUCUAUUUUAGCUAUUAAUAUCUUAUAUUGGAUAUUAAAUCAGUAAUUAGUUAUUGAAAGAUAAAUUUAUAUAAUUACCUGAUUUGGAUACUUAUCAUGGGUAAAAAGGAUAAAGAUAUACUUAUUUUAGAAAUUUUGACUAAAAAUUAAAAAAACUACUUGGUAAUAAUUUAUUACUUUGGAUUUUACCGUUGCCAAAUAAAUUUAAUUUAAAUUACCUUGAACUUAUAUACCCAAAAGUCACUGCAGGGAUAGAUCUUCUUGAUUAUUAUUUAGAUAAAAAAAGCGAGAAUUAUUAUCACUUUUACAAAAUUUUUGAAAUAAAUGAUUGA